GUCAUGUCAACUCAAUUCCCAUUUCGCAAUUGUCAUUAAUUUUUCGGUCUUGUUCGGGGUUUUAGGGUUUUUCAUUUUAGUUUCGUUAAACUACCAAAAUCCAACAGGCAACAAGUGACUUCUUAUCUUUUUCUAUUCUAUCAUUCAUUCUUUUUUUUUCAUUAAUUCAUUGUGUUUUGUAUAUCUCUUACUUUAUUGUGGUGUUCCGUGUUUUCAUGUUCGCUAGCCGGCGAUUCAGUUCAGUAGUAUCAGGACAUCUAAGCAACAAACAGGUAGAUAAAAUUUUGUACUUGGAGAACAGAGUGUUGUGUCUGUUAUGAACAAAAUGUCUCAGCUUGAAAGCAUUGUGAAUGCAUAUAAAACUUUGUCAAAAAUACCUACAGUGUUAGGUGGCAAGUUGAUUAGGAAUGGUAGCAAGAUCAGCUCACGCUGGUCAGUGAGGAACUUGGACAAGGGCAAGAGCAGCAGGUUUCUUUACAACUAUGUACUGAACGAUAGCUUCAAUGUCAUCGCAGAGAGUGAAUUUGGAAUUGAUAUUAGUAAUGAAUUACUGUCGUCCAUCUCUCCUCAAGAGACAUUCAAGGCAGUCAUUCGUGAAGAAAAGGAUAGUAAGGAUGCUAAAAAGCAGUAUUUAGAGGUUUGGAAGAAAAAUAAUUUGGUGCACAGUAUCGACCUUACUGCUCUUGACAUACAUGGUGAUGUCUACGCUGAUGCGGAGUUUGGUAGUUUGCAUUGGUCCCGAGAUGAAAGUUCAAUAGUUUACGUAGCUGAAAGAAAAUUACCUAAAUUCGAGUCUUACGUCAAGAGGAAGGGAGAAGACAAACCUAAAAUGAAUGGGAGUGGGGAGGCACUUCCUAAAAAGGGCGAGGAGUACCUAUACCGCCAGGAUUGGGGUGAGCAAUUGGUGGGCAAGUAUCUAUCUGUUAUCGUGGUAUGCAAGCUGCAGACAGAGACGUGUAUGGUACUUGAAGGUUUGCCCGAAGCCUGGUGUCCGGGACAGGUUCGGUUCUCAGCGGACGGCCAGAGCGUGGUAGGCGUUGCGUGGGACACGGAACCGAGGAGGCUUGGCUUAAUGUUCUGCACCAACCGACCCAGCUAUAUAUUCAAUCUCACACUCGACGGGCAUAUGAGAAAAAUCUCUAACGACGGUAUGGCGGUUCGUUCGCCCCGGUUCUCUCCCAACGGAGACUUGUUCUGGCUGCAGAGGACAGUGGGCGGCCCACACCACGCCUGCCAUCAACUAGUCAUGCUCGGGAACGGAAAGACCAAAACAACGACUGUCAUAGACAUAGUGCAGGAUGAACUUAAAAUAGCGGGCGGGGACAGUUUCUAUGGCGUUUAUUGCGCCGCGUUGCCGGAACGUUGCUUCUGCGCGGACGGCAAGCGGCUGCUGCUUUCCACACCGCAGAAGAACGAGAUCCGCAGCUAUAUAGUGGAUGUCGAUGGCGGCCGCAUAGUGGAUAUAUCGAACAAGGAGAUGCCCUGUUCUACCACAGUGCUGGAUAUAAAGUCUGACGUCAUACUCGCCGCUUGCUCCAAUUUGACCACUCCUGCGCAGUUAUACGUCGCACGCUUGCCAUCCGCGGGCAACGAAUCUUCCAUCAAAUGGGUGGCCGUCAGUUCUCUCUGUCCCAUUCCCGCCGCUGUACAGAGUAGCCGCGUGCAAUAUAUGCAUCUCGCUCACCCACCACAUGACGCGGAUGUCAAUAGUUUCUCCGCUAUUCUGAUGCUGCCCAAAGUGGAGGGCAAAGCUCCCCUGGUAGUUUGGCCCCACGGAGGCCCCCACUCCGGGUUUGUCAAUGCAUUCUCUAUGGAAGCCGCGCUAUUCGCUAUGUUGGGACUCGCAUCACUUCAAGUCAACUAUAGAGGCUCGACGGGCACCGGCCAAGCAUCCGUCUCUUUCUUACCCAAGCGAGUCGGUGAAGCGGACGUACAAGACUGUAAAUAUGCCACAGAAGAGGCCUUAAACAAAUUCCCAUUGGACGAAAAGAGGGUAGCUUUAACCGGUGGCUCGCAUGGAGGAUUUCUAGUCACACACCUUAGUGGACAAUUCCCGGAUCUGUACAAAGCUGUGGUGACGAGGAACCCGGUCACAGAUGUCGCUAGUAUGUUCAACUCGACGGAUAUCGCUGAUUGGUGUGCAGUAGAAGCAGGCUUUGAAUUCACAGAGAAAGGAGCCGUAUCAGAAGAUCAGCUCUUAGCAAUGAGGCGUUGUUCCCCGUUAGCUCACGUGCACAAUGUACGCGCUCCAACGUGUCUAAUGUUAGGUAGCGGGGAUAAACGUGUGCCAUUAUUCCAAGGAUUGGAGUAUGCUAGAAGACUGAAGGCUAAUGGAGUUCUUACUAGGUGAGACUCUUAUUAUCAGGUUGUAAGGUGUUGUUCUCUCUCCUUGGCAUUGAGAAGGCAGGUGUGCUGUAGAAGCAGGCUUCGAAUUCACAGAGAAAGGAGCCGUAUCAGAAGAUCAGCUCUUAGCAAUGAGGCGUUGUUCCCCGUUAGCUCACGUGCACAAUGUACGCGCUCCAACGUGUCUAAUGUUAGGCAGCGGCGAUAAACGUGUGCCAUUAUUCCAAGGAUUGGAGUAUGCUAGAAGACUGAAGGCUAAUGGAGUUCCUACUAGAAUAUACAUGUACGACGACAAUCAUUCGUUGUCGUCUCUUCCCGCCGAAACGGACAACCUUAUCAACGGCGCCAACUGGAUUCUGGACCACUUGCAAUCUUGAUAACAACUUACAAACAUUAUGCCAAAAUAUUAUAUUACAUAAAUAUGUGUUCAUUUGCUUAGAUAAAAAUAUUAUAUCAACAUGAAUUUUUUCAGAUAUUUUUUUACUAUUUUUAUAAUAACAAUAAUAGCUUUUUUCCAAUAUUGGUUAUAUACGCAGAUUACGUGAUACAACGAGAGCAAUAACCUAUAAAUCUUUAAAGUACUUAUCAGCCAAAUAUAAUAAGAAUUAUAUAUGUUUGUGUGAUUCCUAUAUGAAAUAAAUGUUAUUUUUGUAUGUAAAAAUAAAGCUUUGUUAUUAAAAC